AUGUGCAGCAAAGCCGAGGAAGUCAGAGACUCGGGCAAAAUGCGUGGUUCUUUUAUGCUCUUUUCUACCAAACCUUCGAUUGCACCGAGUGUUCCUGAGACCAUUAAAACUUUGGCUGGUCAGGUCGGCGUCUCUGGUACCGGCAGAAGUGGCAACACCAGCAGCAGUAGCUGCCCUCUUUACCGUCGGUCAGUCAGUAGUCAAGCCUUUGCUCUUUCUGAAGGUCGUAGACGCAGACACCGACUUGCCAGGCAGCUCUAUCAGACAAGGGAGACGAGACGCUGGCUCAACGACGUGCAACCGUCUAAAAUGCCUGUCUUCUCCACUGUGGAGGCAAAUGAGCAGAUUACGAAAGAGACAGCAGAAAUGUUGGCUACAGACAGGCUCGGUGUGCCGACGGGACGACGACCCUUGGACGAAACAGAUUCUCCAAGGUAUCUACGACCUAAAUACGAGCCGGCGGAUACGGAACCGGCCAAGCGUAUCACUGGAAGACUUCACACCAAGCAUAGAGUAAUUUGUUGGUAA